AUGGCUUCUGUUCCGUCACUCCUGGUCUCCUUGGACGAACACGAAGGUUCUGGCCAAGAGGGUGUUCAGGAAGUUCAUGAAAUCGCUAAUGGAACCGAAUCAAAUGUGAAAAAGAGAAAACAAAGGGAAAUAGAGAUCAGUGCCUUGGAGGAAAGGGCGUUGCAGAAAGGUAUACCGCAGACUCCAGAUGAAUUCGACAAGUUGGUUAGGAGCUCUCCAAAUAGUAGCUUCGUCUGGAUAAAGUAUAUGGAAUUUUGGUUCGACCUUGCAGAUGUUGAGAAAGCACGUUCAGUAGCCGAAAGGGCUUUGAGAACAAUAAACAUUAGAGAAGAGGAUGAGAAACUCAAUGUAUGGGUAGCUUACUUUAACCUUGAAAAUGAAUAUGGGAGUCCGCGAGAGGAUGCCGUCAAGAAGAUAUUUCAAAGAGCCGUGCAGUAUUGUGAUCCCAAGAAGGUGCACCUGGCUCUUCUUGGAAUGUAUGAGAGGACUCAACAACAUCAACUGGCAGAUGAACUUCUUGAUAGAAUGACCAGAAGAUUCAGGACUUCACGCAAGAUCUGGUUCCACCGCAUUCAAUUUUCUCUCAAGCAAGGCGAGGGCGUUGAAUACAUGAACUUUGUCGUAAACCGCGCACUUCUAGGUCUGCCACAGCGCAAGCAUAUAAGGUUUGUCACGCAGACCGCUAUCCUGGAGUUCAAGUGCGGGGUGCCUGAGGAAGGGAGAACCAGAUUUGAGCUGAUCCUAUGGGAUCAUCCAACAAGAACAGAUCUUUGGAGUCUUUACCUUGAUCAAGAAAUUCGACUUGGUGACACGGAAAUUAUACGGGCAUUAUUUGAAAGGGUGAUAUCCCUUAGUCUUCCUCCAAAAAAGAUGAAGUUCUUGUUCAAGAAAUACCUGCGAUAUGAGAAGUCUCAGGGCGAUGAAGAAAGAAUCGACCAUGUGAAACAAAAGGCACUCGAGUUUGUGAACAUGCCCUACGAAGCAUGA